GGAUAUCUCAAUCAUAAUCACAAUCACAAUCAUUUCAUUCAUCUUCUCUUUCAUCUUGUCCUCUAUCUUCUCUAUCAAAAUGCGUCUUCUCACUGCUGCUGUUGUGUCCGCUGGCAUUGCCUCGGCCUACGAUAUCCCCGAUAACCUCAAGCAAAUCUACAACAACCACAAGUCCGGAAAAUGCCAAAACAAACUCGCAAGCGGCUUCACCGACGGCGUUGACGGCUCCAAAAACUGGGCCUACUGCGGCGACAUUGACGGUGCCAUCUUCCUCCACAGCUCCGCCAAUGGAGGCGAGUACGACAACAUGGACGUCGACUGUGACGGGGUCAACAUGCACGGCGGUGCGUGUGGUAAUGACGGGACGAGUCAGGGUGAGACGGCGUUCAAGGAUACCGUUGCCAAGUACGGGAUUAGCGAUUUGAAUGCGAAUAUUCAUCCGUAUGUGGUGUUUGGGAAUGAGGAGGAUAAGCCGUCGUUUGAUCCACAGGAGUAUGGCAUGGAUCCGUUGAGUGUUAUGGCUGUUGUUUGUGGGGGGCAGGUGUACUACGGUGUCUGGGGUGAUACCAACGGCGGAACAUCGACUGGCGAAGCAUCCAUUUCUCUGGCUCAGCUGUGCUUCCCCAACGACAAGAUCAGCGGCGAUAACGGCCACGACGAGGAAGACGUGCUCUACAUUGGCUUCACCAACGGCAAGAAGGCCGUCCCUGGCAGCAAAGCCGACUGGAAGGCCAAGGACACCAAGACCUUCGAAGAGAGCAUCAAGGAUUUGGGAGAUAGCCUGGUCAAGGGCUUGAAGGCAUAG